AUUUUACCAAGAGCCACCCAGAAUAAAUCGUCCUUGCUGCUCCUGAGAUUCUUGCGCCAUUCUCAAUAGCCAUUCAACAAAUUCGUGGCCCCCAUCAAAAUCUUGAACUAGAAGAUUCUCCAGACACGUCUACGACGUCGUUUUCCCUGUUAAAUUAUGCCAUCGACCUCAGUUCCUGAUUUUUUUUCUUCUCCUUAUCUGUGUGAACUUCAUUUUCUUGAAUUUUCGUUUUUCUUUUUCUUUUACUUGGGCCAAGUUAUCUGCUCGGUUUCCGGAUGAUAUCAUCCUUAUCCUGAUAAGGUUUCAAAUCUCCCGAUUCAACUAUGCUGACGAACGUGCUGCAAGAAGCUACUAAUCUCAAGCUGAUUCUCAUCAAUCCCUUAAUUCGUAUUAACUCUGCUUCAUCAGCUCCUUUUAAGGUUCUUUGUCAUAAGGGAUGGUCCAGCUGUCCUUUCUCGUGGGGUUUAAGUAAUCAAUCGAAAUCCCAGUAUUUGUCUCAUCAAAUCACUUCAAAGAGAUGGCUAGUGGGGCAUUGCCGAUCGCAAGAUUCAAUUUCUCCUGAGAAUGAAUAUCGAUCAUCACGCAACAUAGCAAUCAGCUUGCUCAGGCGGUACAGAAAUUUUGUCGAGCGAGGUGGAGGAGACAAUCUGAAGGAGUUCAUCAGCGCUGGUGUAAAUGCAUACGCGUUAGGAUGCACUGAAUUGGGGUUGAGGAAAGAGCUUACCGAUAUGAAGGAGUCUGGUGUUGAGAUCGAAGCUAUGCAAGACUAUGGUGGAAAUAUGAGUCUAAAGUCCAGAAUUUUUUCCCAAGAAGUUGAGGAAUGUAUAAUGUGGUUGAGCAUUGUAUUUAUCACGAUUCUUUGUACACCACAACCAACUGUUGUUCGAUGGUCAACCACACGUCCAGUGUCGGAAGAUAUGUUGAUCAAGUGGAAGGGCUUUUGUGCAAUUAUAGCAAAUGCAUACUUUACAAGAGGAAUGGCUUGGCUUCCGGUGAAGACUCUCCAAUUGGAGCAAAUGGCGGUUAUGGGUCGUGCAGAGGAACCAUCUCUUGUGGCUAGCCGAAUGAGACUCGUAUUUAGCACACUUGAGGUUGUGAGUCCACAGUGGCCAAGGGGGUGAUUUGGUAAAUUUGACUAAUUUCAAACUAUGCAGUGAUCCAAGUCUUCAAGACAAAUCCAAGCUCAUUUCUCCCUAAUGUAUGAGAUGUGAUUUAAAAGAUCUCCAUAUCAUUCAUGUGAAAAAUGUUCUAAGUCAGCACAUGGUAACGAAAGAGUGAAAAACGUUUAUGUUUGCU